AUGGUCACUCCGCGGUUGCCGUUCCUAUGGCCUAUGCUUUUUAAACCGCCGAAAGCGUGCCGCACACGAGCACCGAAUGCAACGCGACGCACUGCAGCCAGACGUAACUUCGCGGCGACGUCGCGCCCCCGACAAGAGACCAUCUCAAAGCGCUAUGGUACAGCACAAGAGCCCGCGGCGCAUCUGCGAGACCAAGAGACGCAGCCGGAUGCUGACGAGGAGGCUAAAACGUCACCGGAGCCCGAGCCCAUAGAAGAAGAGGAAGAGGAGGAGUCGCUCCCGCCAACGAUGCCCUCUACUGAAGCGAAGAGCGCAGACGCCGACUUGCCAGACGAAGCGGCACCUCCACCUCUCGAGCCACCAAAACCACCCGAUGCAAAGCCCCUCGAUACAGUAUUACACAUGCCCUCUCCGCAGGAAGAGCAAGAGCGCAAGCCUCCGCACCUGAAAACCCCACCCUACGUGCACCACUUCGACACCUACAGCCUCGUUAAGGACCUUACAAAAUCAGGCUUUACGCAGGAUCAGUCCGUCACUGUGAUGAAGGCAGUGCGCGGCAUAUUAACAGAUAACAUGGAGCUAGCACGAGACGGCCUGGUCAGCAAGUCGAACGUGGAGAACGAGACGUAUUUGUUUCGGGCGGCGUGUAGCGAGCUGCGGACCGAGGUGGGAAACACGAGGAAAGCUGAAGUGGAGAGGAUGAGGAGUGAGAGGAAUCAGUUGCAGCAUGAGGUGGAUAUCCUGAGUCAGAGGAUGGGGCAGGACACGAGCCAAUUGAAAGAUGAGCUGAAGGGGCUGUUUGAUGAUCGGAAGAUGGCAGUGAGGAAUGAACAGAGGCAUAUGGAGUCUCAGAUCCAAAAAUUGGGCUACAAAAUCACAGUGGAGCUGAAUUCAGAUGCGCGCAGCGAGGUCGAGGGUCUGAGAUGGAUUCUCACCCGGAGAGCGGCCACCGCAAUCGGCAUAUCCGCCUUUCUACUCUUCACGUGCUUGCGUUUCAUGAGCUACUCGAGCCACCAACCGGAGCAGAAGAAGAAAGAGGACACCCCGCCGGAGACUUCAGAUAACUCACCAGCUACAGGCAAGCCCACGUUGGGCAGAGACGAGCCUAUGGGCGGCGAGCUGCUCACGACCGAAGGCGGCGUCUCCCUCGCAUAG